AGGACUGGGGAAAGUGAGCAAAAUGGCGGCUAUUUUGGUGGCCGCCGCUUCUUCUCAAAAACCUGUGUGUAUUUUGUUGAUUUACACCCCACAAGACAAAACACCAUUGAAAGACUAUUGUCAGCGAAGAUGCUGAAAUCUGAUAGAGUAUUUGCACGGCCUUCGCAGCGGUAAGUUAUAUGAGACAAUUUCAUUUGACUCUAUGGACAGCUGCAUGGACCACUAAUGUAGAGUCACUUUCACCAAAUGUCGUGGAUACAGUGUAAUGUUUUCUACUAUCCAUGACGAAAUCAAAAGAAGAGAAAGAUCAUUAGUUUAAUUGAAUGGUUAAAUAUGGUUAAAAAAUAGCUACAAUUCAUGAAUUACCUUCAGCUUUGAAACGUGUUAACAGAGGCGUCAACAAAAUCUAGAUGGGACUAGAUGAUUUGGAUCAACCCAUGUAGCUCGCUAUUAAAAUGACAAGGCAUUAGGGAUAGGAGCGGGUUGAUCCAAUCUGGUCCGAUCCAGAUUUUGUAUACGGCCUUUUAACAACUUCAUGUAACAUUGUAUUUUUAUUCCAUCCUUAUAAAGAGGAACCAGGAGUGGAGUAUUGCCAUUUCCGGUGUACUAUACAGUUGCCUAAGAAAACAGCCCACAUUUGGCGUGCCACCACUGGUUUCCCCAAAAAGCAACUUGUGAGAGCAUGAGAUAGGUUGUGAAAUCAUGAGACUUGGCAAGUCUGAAACCAGUGGUGGCGUCGCAAAACCUUCUCAGGCCAUAUUUUAAAACUGGAUCCUUUUAAAAAUAUGCAGUUCUUGCAUAUUGAUCACCUUUUCAGCCAUAGCUUAUGUGCCAUUAUACCUUCCUUAGUUUCUAAAGCUGCCCUUAAAGAGGCAUUUUACAACAACAAUGGUGAAGCAAACACACACAGUGCCGAAAUUAGCACUUUGAAUGAUGUAAGCUUCUUUUGUUUUUCUUCUCCCGCUGCAUUGUUUGUUCACCAGGGAGGUUAUUCUGUACCAUGUGACUGUUUUAAUUUUGUGUUCUCUCACUUGGGUGGUUGUUGCUUGAUGGAAUCUACAUGUACAAUUCUGGUCAAAAUGUUUAGGACACUUUGUGUUUAGGUGCGGAAGAUGUAAUUCAAAUUGACCCUCCUUCCCCCCUUGACAGUGUUGGGUGUUACAAGUCAAACACCUUUUAUAUAUCUUGCACACGUUGAGGACCUCAACUUUGUUCAGAGGGGAAAAGUCUUUUCAAGGCCUUGUUUAUGAGUGUCUAUCACUGGUUAGCUGCAAAUUCUAUUUUAAAAAAACUGAAAAAUUAGAGGUGUCCCAAAACCGUUUGGCCAGGAUUGUAGAUUCAUCUUUUUAGUUUUAGGAUUACCGGUAAUUAAAUAAUUAUUACCAGCUGUAGUUUACCUUCCCUUCCUGCAGGAACAGUGACAUCCACAGAACAAGAGUUUUCCCUCCUAAAAAAUUUAUUGCUGCUCAGCUUUCAGCGGGGAUAAAGACAUUGUACAAAAAUCUUAAGAAUCAACAGAAAACCCAUCAUCAAGGACAUGGCAAGAACCUCCAGAACCCAGGUAUUUACAAGACUCAGACAGGAACAUCCUAUUUACAUACUUACUGGGGAGGACAUUAGAGAAUACCCAGUACUACCGCAAAACUAUGUGGAAGUGGGGAAAUACCGAAAUACCGGUAUCAUGUUGAAAAUUGACUAAAUACCGAUACUGCAUUUAUGAUCAGCCAUGCUUACUUAAAAAUGUAUCCAUCUCACAAGUUUGUUUAUCUCAACCAUGUAUAUGUUACAGGUCAAAUUUGAUUUCAGUUUUAUUUUGAUUUAACUAAGGUUGAUUCUCAUUUUCCUUUGUUUCCUAGCCCUAAUUUAUGAAUAAUUAGGACUGGUUAAACAAAUUUAACUUGAAAUGAAAUCUGACUUGUAACAUGUACACCAGCAAUCAACCUCAGCGAUUUCAAGAAAAUGUAAGAAGACCUCAAAUUGAUCAGUAGAAGCCUGGUUAUUGGAUUAGAGAGGAUAGCGCAAAUGAACGGUAUCACAAUACCGUGAAGGAUCUCCUUUUACCGAAUACCAUUAGUGAAAGGAUGAAAAACCACAUACAUGUACGGUUACUGCAGGGCUAGAUGAUACUGCAAUACCACACAUUAAAAUCCAAAUUACCGAAAUACCACUUGAAAAUAUGCUCAAUAUACUGCAAUAUCAUAAACCCCCAUGUCCCCUAGCGUGAAUUUCAUCCGAUUACUUCAAGUCGUUAUUACUCCCUCAGUAAUGUCGUUGUUGAGAGGAGAAAACGACUCGAAGCAAUCGGAUGAAUUUCAGGCUACAUGUCCCCCUCCUUACAAGACAAUAAUACCCACAGUAUUUCCUUUAACUAAUUAAGUUGAUCCAAUUCAGGUUUUGUACCUGCCCCCAGUGCUGGAACUUGUUCUUCCUGGGCAGGUAUUGUUAAGUUUCAAAAUUACUAACCAUAAAGCAUCAGCUGGUAGUAAGGCAGUAAAUGACAAGAUAUCAUUGCAAUUGCUUUAAUGAAUUCUUAAGCUAGGUGGUCGCUUAUGAGAGCUUUGUCUGUGUGUAAAUACUAAUUCAAGAUUACCAAAUUGGCUACAAGUUGUCUGUCUCUUUCUAAUUCCAGGAUCUCAGACGGAUAAAGGUGGAAAAUUUCAGCCACAUUAUCCAGGUGCUAUAUUAACUGUAUCAGUCAAGGUGUCGCUAAGCUUUCAUACUAGAGCUGUAGACUGUGUGGCUCCUGGUCUGUUACAAUAACCAGCCCAGCAAAAUCUAUCAAAAUUGUGAAGAAAAGCAAUCAUGAUCGUGCACAAACAUACUUUUGACACUCAGUUGGAAACGGUUUCCAAAGUGCUUCCAGUAAAAUUGUAGUAAUUAUUUUCAUUAAUUGUUUUUAUGUCUGUGCGCUUUAAACACACCCCUAAAGAUACAUUUAUCUUCCUUUGCUCAGAUUUAAUUAGGUUUGACAUUCUUCUGACUGUCUGCAAUCUUUUUCAGUUCCCUUGCUUGCUGGCAGGUACAAAUUUGUUCAAGUGAUCGGACAAGGACAGUCUGCAGUCAUUGUUUCCGCUGAGGUGAGAAGGCAACUGCAAAACCUGGUACAGUUACAGUGUGUCUGGUAACUAAAACAACUGAGAUGUAAUAAUAGAUUACUUGUUAAUUUAGCUGUUGCAUCUUGCCCCCAGAAUGUUCAGCCGUUUUCAUUGUGAUUAGGGAUUAUGAUGGUUCUCGUCAUUAAAAUGCUUGCUGUUCAUUACAACAGGAUACCUUUCACCCUGAUAAGAAACCAGUUGCUGUUAAAGUGAUGAAUAUAGAUUAUGCAAGGCUUGGUGCUCAGGUGCUGUAUGUAAACGUUAGCAUGAACAUUGUAUAUGUUGCAUAGUACAUUUUUGUUUUUCCUUUGUUUCAAAUAAACAUACCUAAAAACAAAGGAAAAACAACAGUGUGACGAAGAAGUGUGACGUCACAUUACCAUGAUAGCAAAACUUCUAAAUCACAACCAUAAGGAACUAAAGCAAUGAUGACGGCAACGGCAACGAGAACAGCAAAAAAGCAAUACAUGUAGAUAUAUAUUCGCAAAAAAACUCUUUUGCAUGUGGAUCACGCGUUUUUGUACAUUUUGUAGCCAUCAUUGCACAUAAUUGAUAAAACUUCCUAAUUUCACGCUCCCACUUUAUGAAUUACGUAGGUGAACACAGCAUAAUUUUUUUUUUUUCUAAACUUUCAGUAGAUCCAGUCCUUUUAAGAUUCAACCCUAGAAAAUUCUGCCAAAAUUUGACAGAUUGGAUGAUAUUGAAUAAGAUCAAUGAAGUCUGAAACAGUGCAAAUUCACUUUUUAAGUGAUGUUUUAUGUUUGUUGUCAUGCAGAAAUUUUGCUAUCAUGGGAACGUCACGUAACGACUUCUUUUCUCUAUUUAAUUAACUGAAAUGAAAAACUAACAGCAACAUCUGAAGUGUACCCCUGGGGGGGGGGGGGUACUCCCAUACAUUACCUAUACGGGUAUGUGCCGCCCAAAGGGGUCGUGAUUGUGAAGCUCCUGGUUUAGAAUGGGGUAUCCAUUUCAGACGCGGUUUCUAGAACGGGGUAUAAUAUUUCGAAUGCACGAAAGCUCUCCACUUUUGUAAGUAGCCAUUUGAAAGCAUUCAAGGACAGAUUGCUUUUAAAAUACGGUUCAGUGCGUUAAGAAGCAAACCGUUGUACUCUUGUUGCACCCUAGAAUGGAGUAUAAAAAAUUGGCCCAUUUCUAGAACAGGGUGUUAGUUUUAGGGUGAAUUCUAGAAUGGGGUAUAAAAAAUUGGCCUAUUUCUAGAACGGGGUAUCAAUUUUAGGGCAAAUUUUUUCUAGAACGGGGUGCCAAUUUGGAGUCCUGGGCGGCACAUACCCACCCAAAAAAUACCCAAGUGCCCCCGGGAGUGUACCAUAUGCCACUGUUAACAAAAGAUAUAUGCAUGCAUGAGAUAUUGAAAAAAUUUUCAGAUACCAGUUACUCUACACACUGUUGUCUGUUUUACUAAAUAUUAUUGCAGCACUUAACAAUGCUCUAUUGUCAAAUUAGGGCUUAAAUGUAAUAAAGAACUGAAAGAUGUUUUUGGAUUUAUGCUUGUAAUAUAAUUUAUGAUCUUCUCUUUUCCAACAUCCACUUUACAUAUGUUUUCUUUUCAUGGUAUUGUUGUUCAGAUUGAAACGAACUGCAUGGUUGAUUUGUCAAACCAACUCAUGAGUUACAUGUACCAGCACAGUGACAACAGUGACAGUGUGUAGAGACGUUUUGGACAGAUAUCUAUUACUAUUGUUUUUUUCUAUCAAUGUUACAUUUUAGGAGGCAGAAUUUCUUAAGCAACUGAACAAGGCAGAUGGCCUCAAAGUUUCCAGAACAGUCCAGCUGUUUGUAAGUACAUACCUAAAUUGAGGGGUAGCCUGAAAAAAAACCUGACUGACUUCAUAUAACUACCAGACUCUCUCCAGAGAGAGGAACAGUACAACCUCUCUAGGUUAGCCAUCUACUUUAAAUGAAAUUAUUAGUGUUGUUUUGUUCUGUAAAUAAGUAUGUCUUAAUAAGUCAUUAUUAUUAAUUAUUAUUAUUCCUGAUAUUUUCAGAACACAUUCAACUUUGAUGGUCAUUACUGCUUGGUCUUUGAACUUUUACGACCAAGGCCACUGCAUCAAUAUUUUCAGGUGAGAUUUUUUAUUUCUAUAUAACUGGUCAUUAUACAAUGAAUAUAAUUUAUCUUCAAAUGUUUAACAACCUGAGAAUGAUCAGAAAGUGGCAAAAAGAUCAAUGAAAUUUAAAAAGUAAAACCAUCAAUUAACUUUCACGUCCAUCAGUAAGGGCCAGGGAGACCUUUGGCUAUUUUCACCUCAAAGCAGAAGAAAAAUAGAACCAAAAGAAAUUCCUGUUACUGUUGAUUCCCAGGCUACUCUUUGUAUGAACCCAGAAACUUGAAAUCUUAGUGAAACCCCUGUACUUUUAUCUAUUCAUUUAUUUUUUUGAUAACCUGGUGUUUAUGGACAAUAAUUCAGUGCCUGUCCAUGUCGUUUUCUUCAAUUUUGAGCUGGUUGUGAAUGGGAAAGCAAUGAAUUGUAGAGAAAUUUGUAUCCUGAAAAAUAGAUUCACAUUUAAUUUCCUCAUCAUGGAUAGGAAAGCAGUCAUGUAUAAUUAUUAUGAUCUCAUUCAAUAUUGUUAUUUAUUUUUAGAGAUGUCAGUUUGAAAGUGAGGUGAGAACUGGAUAACUUAUAAAAGGUUUUACCUUUACAAGGCUGUGCUCUAAGGAAAAUUGAAGGGGGCCCAGUGCUCUGAACCUGUAAAAUCUAGGGUGCCUAGCAUAUGAUUUGUAUGAAAAAUCUGAGAUUUUCUAGUCACCCGAGAGCAAAAGUUAGGCGCCAGGGGCGACCGGGCUCCGCUAGAGCACAGCCCUGCCUUUAGCAUUAAUUUUAUAAAAGUACAAAUUAUACAUUGUAGAUAUUGUAUGUAAGGCUCUUUGUUAUUUUGCUUUUAUUGCCCAGUCAAACUAGGCCAAACUUUUCCUUACAAAUUCCAUUAUUUGAUGCUAGGAUUAUUUGAAAAUUGACUCCAUUUAUUAAGCAGUUGUUGACCACUAUAAUUUUUGCAUUCCUCAAUGCAUAGAUGAGCAGUGAAUUCACACAUGAGGUGGGAAAAAAUUCCUGCCAGGUCAUUUUUCAUUAUUUUGAUCUAUAAAUUUCUUCAUAAACGAGUUAAAAUUACUGAGAAGUUGUUCAGAAGUUCAAAAUUGGCUGCUCAUUAAGCAUGCAAUAAAGUAGAUAUCUAAAUUAUUUUGAUGUUAGUAGUGGCAACAGUUGUUUUUUUCGUAUCAAAUCUAUGGAGGUACACUUAACCGGAUUUGACUGUAAUUUUUUUGGAAGAACAGGACAUGCCAUUCGAUAGGCCAUCAUUCCUUUUGUAUACAAUGUACAUACACAUUAAUUAAAUAGCAGACAUCUUCUGUGGUAAGUGGUAUGAAAUCAUGACUUGACUUUAUUACUGGUGCUUUGAAAAUUCUUUUCUAUGACAGGAAACAAAACUCAAAGUUAUCAGGAAAAUAGCUUUACAAGUGAGUCUUUUUCAAAUAAAAUAACCUUUUGAAAGUGGCACCAUUGUACAUGUAUUUCUUGGAACAGAGAGUGAAGCUGAGCUGCAAAACCUGUGACUGUGAAUUAUUACUGUGAAGUGAAGUGCAAGAGGUAAAAUGAGGGGUUACUUCAUGGAUGAUGAGUGUUCAGUAUACCUCCUGGAAAAAAAUGAUAAUAGAAGAUACGGCAGACUUGUUUAUGGUUGAUAAAAAGUAUCCCCUGGCUUUUACGGUUUUAGUUAAUGUUAUUUCAAUGCCAAAAUGAUAUGUAAUUAUUUUAUAUGAAUUUAAAGACAUCAAAAUGAGCAUCUUAUAUAACCUUCAUGAUGAUGAAGUACAUUUUUUUGGCAUACAUCAAUCUAUGUAUGUAGCAAUCAGAUUGUUUUGUUUUAUGUCACUAUUUUAAUUUGUCAAUUUCAGCUUUUACAAGUUCUUGGAUUUCUCAAGAGGUAAACUUAUGCGAUUCUGAGCUAUUAAUAUUAACUGAGUUACAAUAAACACUGAAAAGUUGGCUGGUGAAGAGAUGAGAACUUCUGCAGUGUAUUAGGUUGUUAGCACUAUAUCAUUUUAUUUGUAUUUUAUUUAAAAGAGAAGACGGCCCUUUUGUUGAAUUUAUAAUCAAAAACAUUUACAAUGGAAAUUUUAUUUACCUUAAACAGUAUGGAGUUCCCACAUGGGGUCAAAUGAGCCAAAAACCAUCAGGAGUCUUUUUAAUCCAAUCCUAACCUAAUCCCUGUUUUAAUCACCAACACGUUCCAAAAGGCAAAAUAAUCUGCUACUUUGAGGUGAUGGUGGCUUAUUCCUCACAUGCCAGGAUGAAAGGAAGGAGACACUGAGGGCAGUUUAAGGCUGCCACUGGAGAGAUAUGUGCUACACUUACUGCCCUUUCUUUCUGAUACCUGCAUUUUUCCUGUGUGGCUCUCCUCCUUUUAGUUUCAAUGAUUCAUGUGGUAUGUCAGCUGUAGCAAAUUGACUCCUAUGUUAGUCCUUGAAGCACUUCCUUGGGUAACCCUGGUUGCAUUUACCAUCUUGGAGAUUGCCCAAGAAAACUGCUUUUGGUAGGCACGUUCCUCUGUCGUUCUUCUAUGUCCUGCACUGUGCAGUUGUGGUUGAAGCAAUAUAGAUUCAAUGCUUGGUAUUUUAGCCCUUUUAAGAACAGCAUCAUUUAAAAAUUUAAUUAUGGCAUUUAAUUCCACGAAUUGUCCACAAACAGCAUUGAUGAAAACGUUCCACAAUCUGACCUGCCUGUGGUAGAGAACCAAUGCCAGGUCUCUGCACCAUACCAGAGCAUUUGAGGGAUGAGGACAGUGAGCGAUUCUGCUGACAACAUUUACAGACUGUACAGUUCCAAUGGAACUUCUUAUUCUCUAUGUUUUCAUCGUAAUUCAAGACUUGUUGAGCUUUUACACUCAAGACAAAUAACCUUAAGCGUUACAAAUAAUUAUCAUUUUAUUACACAGAGAGAAUGUCAUCCAUGCUGACCUAAAACCAGAAAACAUUCUUAUCGAAGAAGGUUUGUAAAUCACUAAGACUUACUUGAAAUAGAUGUGUAUUUACUUUUCCCUGUCAUAGCAAGGGCAGGUAUGGCAUGGGGCCAGGUAACCAGGUGACUCCAUCUCUCCAUAGCUGGAAGGCACAUCCUGGGCACCUGUGACUGUCCCAUUUAUUACCCCUUUCAUGGGUUACAGUUGUCAAAGGCAUACACUCAGUUAUGCCCUAAAAGAAACCAUGUGUCCUCUGAGGCUAGGUGUCUUCACCAAGCACUUCACCUGAGCAUGUGUAGGAAACUGCUUAGGCAUGACUGACAUCUACAAGGUGCAUGCAGGUCCUUACCUCAACAGGUGAGUCUACAUGGAGGAUGGCACACCUACGCUUGCGUAGAGAUAUUUUUAGUUGAUUUACGUGAUUUUCAAUUGUUGGGAACCCAUCACCUAGAGAUUCCAUCUUCUGCUAACAGCAUAAUAGACUUUCAGCACAUUUUACAGACUUCUUUUCUUGCCAAAAUUUGCUGUGUUCAUCAGUACAUGAACUUCCCUCCCUAGUUUCUUUAAGACAAAGUGGAAUGACUACUUGUUGGUAAAACUGAUUAAAUUCCUUAGUUUGGCACUUCAUUUUUAGUGCUAUGUCUAUUAGGAGAUCUAUUGAUUCAUUCCAAGCAUAAAACACUCUCUUAAUGUCUCCAAAUACUUUGACUUUAUUUUGUACAUUUGUUGGUACAUAGUACAAGUAACAGUCAUUAAUCCGGGGUUAAUGUAUUAAUAAUCAGUGCAGUAAGACAUUAAUAUUAAGCCUCAAUCUGAUGUCACUGGACUAAACUGACUGCACAUGGGAACACUAGAAAACAUUUGUAUUGAUGUUUAGGUGAAGAAAUCAAGAUAAAAGUGAUUGACUUUGGAAAUGCAAUACGAUAUGUUCACAGAGAGGUAUGUUGGAUCAUAGUCACAAUACCAUGAUUACACUUUAUAUUACAUGAUCCAUCACUUCUGUCCUUUUCAUCCCGAAAGGAGUUGUACAUUUAAUUUGUUCUCAAACCUCACUUGUAGAUAAUCGAUAAAUAUUGUAUUGUUUUCUUAUUGGGAAUCUCGUGAGUGCUCUUAUUUUUCAAGCACAGUUGACUGUGGGCAACAUGUCAAACAUGUCACUGUUUUUUGUGGGUACCUCAAUCAUGGGCAUGAUGGGCACCAUACCAUGGUCAUUGUGGGCACUCUCAUCUUCGUGGGCACUGUAAACAUCGUUUGCCCCCAUGGUCAUUAUAAGGAGGGACGUUCAUGAAGGAAACCAUGGUCACUGUGGCCACCAUGUUAUUUGUGGGCAUUGUGGUCAUCAUGCACACCAUGUUCAUAGUGAGCAGCAGUCAUCUGUGAGUAUUGUCUUCAUUGUGGGCACCUUGUUCAUCGUGCAUAUUGUAGGCACUGUGGUCAUCAUUGAGUCUUUGCUAAUUGUUGAAACUGUGAUUAUGGUCAGCACUGUGUUCAUCUUGAGUACCAUGGUCAUCAUCAUGGGCAGGUAGUCAUUGUGGGCCCUGGGUCAUCAUGGACACUGGUCAUUGUGGACACUGCUGUCAUUGAAGGCACUAUUGUCAAUUUGGGCAUCAUGGUUGUCAUGGGCACAACAGUCAAUGUGAGACCAAUGCUUUUUGAGGGCACCUUAGUCAUCUUGGACUUUUUUCGUCAUGGGCACCUUGCCUAGUCCCCGUACGGCGUUUUCCCAGUCACUCUCGGUCAAUUCACUUAGGUGACGUAUCCGAGGCGAACGGGCGGGAAACGCCCUCACAUUUUCGCUUGGACCAUAUUAUCCGAAACGCUUUGGCUGCGCGGAAUAAUGAGGCCUAGGAGCUAGGCAAAUGGGCACCAUAGUUAUUGUGGUCAUUGUUGUCAUCGUGGACAUUAUGAUAAUUGUGAGCAGCAUGUUCAUCUUGCGCAAUUUAAUCAUCUUGGACAACUGUGGUCAUUGUAGCCACCUUGGACCCACAUUGACCAUUAUUACUGCGUUAUGUUAUAAAUUAAUGACUUGGCAGCAUAGUUAACCAAGUAUUUUAUCUUCUUUCCCUUGCAGGUUUCCCUUUAUUAUGAUGAGUUUGAUUUACAGACAAUCAUUUACAGAGCACCAGAGGUAAACAAUGGCUUUUAAUGGCUCCUAUCAAUUAAUUGAUUACCCGUAGUAAUUUCUUUCUUCCGAUAACUUUGAAGGCGCUGCAGCAUUAUUUCGAUGAUUAUUUUUCAAAAAGAAGCAUCGCUUUUUCAAGGGGGAAACAUGUUUAUUCACUGCUUAUUAUUUCUAUGAAAAGUUGGUUAUAGUUAAAAAGUACUAAAGUAGUUGAAAACAACAACAGGACGUUGUGGGCGGUAACAUCCAAAGUAACUUUUAGUGUUACUCUCUUAACAAUAAAACCACAGAUUUAAAUGAAAUUUUGUUUAGGAGUCACCGACAUUACUCCUUCAAGAAGAUAUGUUAAGACAGUUUUUCUAUGAAGAUUCCGUUACCCCACAAGAAUCCUUGCAUUUCUAGUUUGUUUUAAUCAAGGUCGUGUUGCAUUCUCCACAGGUGAUGUUUGGUGUCCCAUUUGGGCAGGAAAUUGACAUGUGGUCCGUCGGAUGUAUUUUAGCCGAGGUGAAAAAUUUUUUCAUUAAAACCAAACUACAAUAAUAGACUCAGGGUACACCGUUUCUGCCUACUGGUACGGGCAGGGGAACAUGUAUCAUCGUUCUACCUGGUGCUCUAGUUGACGGGUAUGGGACAGUAAUUUAACCCUACAGUGUAUCUGUACAUAGAAGCGGUGUAUCUUCAGACAACGGUUUCGCUACUUUUCAAAUUCGCUACGUUCGACUUCGCUGCCAACAAAUUCGUCCCGCUGCCUAUUGGCAAAGUCCAAUACUUGCACCCUUGGAGGGGCAAGCUUAGAAGAACGACAAAUAUAUGAAAAGAUUUUUUUCUAGAGCGAUUAAGGGAAUAUUUCCAGUGGUUUACAGAAAUUAUUAUGUAGCGAUUUUGUUGCGAACUAGGACGUAGCGAAAUCGACGAUUAGCGAAACCGGUUGUUACCAUCUUCAGGCCCCAGUUGUUCAAUCAAUGGAUAGCGCUAUCCACUGAAUAAGUAUUAGGAAAACCCAUUGCCCUGUCCACUUGAUAGAGAUUUAUCCCGGCAGUGGGUAGCAUUAUCCUUCUUUUUAACAACGGGGGCCCAGUCUGUAAGACAGAUGUGCUGUGACUUGUUGGGAUAUUUGAUGAAACAUAAGAAGCCUUGUUUCAGGAGAAUUUUGUCCAAGUCGUGCACAUUGACUACAACCCUUUCCUGUAUUGUUGCUUCAAGUUUAAACUCUCCUAUCGGUGUUUAAGGAGGUUGGACAUAUUUGUUAGAGCGAUAUCUUCCAAGUUUGAGCAUUUAAACUACGUCGAAUUAUUUUCAGUGCAGAGAAAGCGGCUGCAAGUAACAUAGGUCAUGACGUCAUUUCGUGGCUAUGACAACUCAGAUGUCAACAUGACACUGGUCAUAACAAGUUUUUAUCUUUUAAUGAAAUUAAUGUUGGUUAAUGGUGACGUAAUUUACCGUAAAAUUCCGAAAAUAAGCCCCUCCAAAUAUAAGCCCCCCAAAAUCGUAACGGAAAAAACUCUCCUCUAAAUCGCCCCUCCAGAUAUAAACCCCCCAGGGGGCUUGUACUUGGAAUUUGCCCUCCAAUACAAAGUAACACAAAGCAAAAAUGGUAAAUUUUCUUUCCACUACAAGCUAGCCCAAUCGAUUUUGAAACGCAAAUUUCCCUCCGUACAUAAGCCCCUCCGAAUAUAAGCCCCUCAAAAAGGGCCUUUGAAAAAUAUCAGCCCCGAGGCUUAUUUUCGGAAUUUUACGGUAAUUAAUGCUCAAACUUGGAAAGUAUUGGCCCUGAAAAUCCAUUCAGAUUCUUCUCCAGGUUACCGCCGUACGUAUCUAAUAACUGCGUGUUCUCUUUUUCUAGUUGCACGUUGGCAAACCCUUAUUUCUAGGACGAACUAAACCUGAAAUACUGCAAGUGGUGAGUAACUGAUCUGCUGUGUUGGAAACACGCGAAAACAACCUCCACUCAUUGGACCCCGCCGCUCUCUGGUCACUGUAUUGAUCUCUGUAACUGUCUUUUAUCUCGUUUGAAUUAGGAAGACAGAAUGGCCCAAUUUAUAGUUUUCGGUGGAAGCGUGGUUGAAGUUGGCCUUAAUUGGUGCAAUUAUUCCUUAAGGUGACAACGACGAUUUUAAGCGCAACACAGCGUUGCAAUGCUGGAAGGAUGUUGUAACUAUUCGUAAUAAUGUCGCAACAAUAUGGGAACGCUGUGUUACGCUAAAAAUCGUUGUUGCGAAUCGUCUCGUGGAACAUCACCUUUAAGCUUAAAAGGAACCAGUGUUCGUUUAAUAAAGGUUCCCUUUCCGCGAAGAAGAAUGUGUCCGAAAAACUGGAGGCCAAUGAAUAGAGGCUCGAUGGUAGUUUUCAACAUCCUGUCUAUAAUAAAAGCAGGAGGGUUUGUAUCAAAACAGUCAACCCAAGCACACAAUGCAAACUGGCCCAUUAACCCCCCCCCCCUUCCCCAAUGGAUGCUUUGAGUUCCUAGUUUAUCUUUCGCCAGUCUUGAGAAGCCGUGUCUUUUCAAAGAAUCUUUGCUUUGUAGUUAUACUUUCGUGUGACUUCUUACUCAGGUAACCUCCAUCCUGGGUCCCUUACCGAGGAAUCCUUUCCAGUCCGGCAAGUUUUUUCCAGACUUAUCAGAAUUUGUUGCUCAGACUCCAGGUAAGUUUCAUAUCAGACGUGAAAAAGGCAGCGUUACGAAAUUUGCAUAACCCAAAAAUGUGCUCGCAGGAGUGAAAACAUUAUAAAAAAGUUUGGUUUUGUUCGGAAACACCUCAUAAUUGACUUGCCUUCGACGGACCACGAAUAAAGACCCGGUAAAGGAAGGACACUUGAAAGGAAAGACUAACCUUUUUCAAGUGGCUCCGUUAGAGAGAUUUACAAUCAAGUUUACGGCAAACGUCAAAUUCAAGGUGACACUUGUUCAAAAUAGGAGGUGAACAGAUAAAACCACUGUACAAACUAAUUCUUAUGGAUGAAACUGGCGUAAAAAUAUUAAUUUUUUUGUGAAUGUAAUGAACAGUAAGCUGGUAAAUGUUAUUACAGUAAAGGCAAAUUUGGUCACGUGGUACGAAUUGAAGUUUGACGUUUGCCGGAAACGUGAUUCCAAAUCUCUUCAUUGGGACACGGGGAAAUCGUUAAAACGAUACCUGUGACUUUGUUCAUUUUCCACGAAAUCACUCAAAAUUGACCUUUUAUUGUGGGAGUCUUGUGUGUAUCAGCUCUCACUCCUGGGAUGAAUGAUGGAUUGUAGUGGGAAUUAAAUGAGUCCUGUUUGUGGUGUUCUUACGAGGCCGCGGCCUUGUGGGAUUCCCGUCAAAAAACCCGGCCCUUUAAAGCCAGGACGAUACGCCCAUGGUAACUCACAAAAAUGGUUCGACCCAAACAGAGGCUUUAACUAAAUAAUGAAAAGAAGAUCAUUGCCAAAUUUUUAAAGGACAAGGAAAUACUCUAGGGUUUAUCUAAACUUUUUAAGUUGAUAUGACUUAAAGUAGCGCUUGCACAUCUAUUGGUGAUGUUUUAAGCUACUUUCGCCUUCCUUGGUCGCGCGUACUUCUUGUCUAAUGGCCUGACUGCCUUCUUGGAGCACAAAAUCAACUUUCAUAGGGUCGUACAUGGAGUACAAACCACACACUAUUUUGAGUCUAACUGUGGCAUCUAGUUAUUCCUUUCGUAAAUUAAUUUCGGUAUCAUAUAGUGUGGAAAGGCUUAUUACCAGGGUGUGAUGUUUCUCCUUAAUUAUGCGACCAAAGUUUCAUGGACCAAUCAUGUUUGCAUGGGGCUCCACUGCAGUUUUUUCACACGUUCUGAAGAGAAUUGCCGUGUUGUUACCACUUUAGGGACUGUUUAUAGGGAGGUGGGAGACCCCAGGUAGGUGGGGUAUCCCGCCUGUCCAUAUAAUCUCUCGUAUGUUCACCCCGCUUAUCAAGUAUAAGUGAUGAAAUUGAAUGAGAGAUUAUAUGGACAGGCAGGUUACCCCACCUAAGGUUGUUAGCUCACCUACCUGGGGUCUCACACCUCCUUAUAAACAGGCCCUUAACAAUAAAAGUGGCAGUAGGACAGCAAAAGGAGUUAAACUUUCUCUAUUUGUUUCCUGCUUUCAGAAGCCAAUCAGCUCCCCGUUGUAACUUCCUUAAUGAAAAAUGUACUUCAUUCACGGAAUUUUGCAUUUGCUAGUUUUUUGGUUGGUUUGCUGCAGUACAAGCCAAGUAAGUGGGGCUGUUACUAGUAACAUUAGGCAGACCACGUGACCCUAAAACGAAUACUGGUUUGCAGCGCGGAAUAAUGAGGGCUGGGGACGAGGCAAUGUAGCAGCCAGGCUGGAGUUGAUCUUGUUUUGAUAUACUCGUUUCUGAUUUCGUACGAGAAUGAUGUUAAUUUUUUUCUCACUAUUUUUCAACAUAAUUUGCAUGAGAAAAGCUGGUGUAUUUGUAUCAAAACAAAGUGAACCAAAGCACUCAUUCACUGUAAGGUGGGAUACUCGCACCAUGUAAGGGAAUCCAGAUUCCGGAAUCCGGGAAAAUUUUGGUUGUGGAAUCCGGAAUCUUUUCUUUUGUUUUCUUUUCUUAAGACGCUUUUUAGCUAAUGGCGCUUGCCAAAAGAUAGGACUGGCCAGCACGACGGAUCAUUAUUUAUGGAAAAUGCAAUAGGUUUUUUUAUUUUAUCGAAAGUUUCUCCUAUCAGUGUUUUGCGGCUUUUUUUAGGAACAGAUUGAUCUGGCUGGGAGGUCUUUUAAAAGUAAAAGAGAAUGGAGAGGAGAGGUCGUUGCUUCAUGUUGCCAUCGUAGCAAAAUUUCUGGACCUCAACAAACUGUUUCCUGCAAGUAUAGCAGAAAAUAUCGAAAAAAUUGACAUUGUAUGACUUUCCUGUGGUAUAAUUGCACUUGGGAACAAAACGGUAGCCCAUGCAUGUUCUUUCUUUCACCGUUGGACAAUGCCAAUGACCGUCUCUGUCAAACAAGAUUGUUGACAUACAGAAAUUUUGCCACCAUGAGAACGUGACAUCACACUUCUCCUCUUUAUUCUGUACGACUUAACUGUUCUGACAGUGAUUGGCUUCAAUUUAGGAGUAAUUUCAGAAGUGGGUUGAAUAUGAUCGUCUGGGUAGUCCUGUGUAAGACUGUUGAUGACAGUAACCGACGUUUCGACAACCUGUGCGGUAGUCAUUUUCAGAGUCUAAGUGAGUUGUAUCACGUUUAAUGGGGCAGCACCCAAAGGGUUGAUUUCCAGUUUCGCGAAAUUUUUACGCGCGUACGUGCGUAAAAUUUACGUUCGCAAAUAAAAUAGGGGCAAUGCGUGAAAGGUCGCUGGUAAGCGUAAAAGUUGAACCUCGCUCAACGUCUCGUUUAAGCUCAGUAGUUUUUGUCUUACCUUUGUCUUAUUUACGUGAUUAAAAUUUACGUGCGUUAACGUAUGUAGCCAAACACUGAACACGUCAGUGGAAAUCAACCUUACGUUUGGCUCUUGUGUAGUUUGACAAUUGAACUGCAUUUUUUGUGAUGUAGGUGAACGGCUGUCGCCAUGUCAAGCAGCUAUGCAUCCGUUCUUGGCUCCAGAUUUACCAUUUUGUUAUUUGCUGCCACAACAUGGAGAUAGGCUCAUAGGUUUGUGGUUUGUUCUAUUAUCACUGUCAUAAAAAGGGAAGGUACAAAACUUGAAAUAUAUAAGUGAGUGUUAGCGGCCUGAAGCGAAGGGUUAUUUGCUAUAUUUGAAUAAAAAACUCAAAGUUGAGGUGGAUUUCCACUCUCGCGUAGUUUUAACUUGCGUAAGCACGUAAAUUUUACGCGCGUCAUUAAAAUAAAGGUAAUGUAGGAAAGGUCGCGUGUAAACGUCAAAGUUGAGUGACAUUCUAUUUGUGUUAACGCAAGACCUUUCAUUCAUUGCCUCUAAUUCAUUUACGCGCGUACGUGCGUACGCAGGUAAAAAUUACGCGACAGUGAAAAUGCUCCUUAAUUCGCUAUUUGCAUAUCUCCCAUAAUACACCUUGUUUGACGCCCAAAAUUAUGCAUUACCUUUGUUGUUCUUUUCUCCUGGGUAUUAAAGUUGUCCCAAGAAAAAAAUUUAGUGGGGGGAAACAAAGUGUAUUUUGGGAGAUUUGCAAAUGGAGAAUAAGCGAAACUAACCAAAAUGACUAAAUGCCCUGACAAAGCGCCCCUUAAAUUAAUUGUUUUGCUUGUGUUAUUCGUAGACUCUUCUUCUGGUUACUCCAGCGUUCUGCUUGCUCAUGAUCAGUAUACAUCUAAACCUGACAUCGACGAGCAAGUAAAAAGACAGCAGUUUUCAGGGACGGAACUUCUCAGGAGAGGGACCAAGUUCUACUGUAAUGAUUUUACCAUUGGCGAACCAGUGUCUUGCUCAGCAACUGAACAAAGGAAACAAGUUGAUGCAAGUGCUUGCUCCUCAGAUGCAGUUGUUAUUACAGAAACUGGCACAGAGAUUAAAACAGAAAAAUCUCGUUAUGCCACUGAAGGACCCUUUCCCGCUAGUACCAAUGCUCCAACACACCCUCCUAAUAAUAGGACUUCUUCUGUUGGCGCCGAAAAAGAUCGCAGGCUAGUCUAUUCAAGAAGCAAAAAUAGCCGUUUUGUAGUAGAAGGCGAAAAUGAAUUUUUAAGUGCGAUAAGCUCUUCAGAAAGGGUCAAUGAGACAACAGAUUUUUACGGUGAUUUAGGAAAAUCUAAGUUGAAAAGGUCGACUACUGUACCUAGCUCUAGUGGUGGUGAUUCUUCGUUUAAAUGGAGUGAUUACAGACCCAGAAAUCAAGUUUCGUCAGACGUGGUGCCUGACUUAUGUAAACAAAAUAGAAUAGUUGUGGUUAGUGAGAAAGAACCAGAUGUUGGCGAUGAAUUUCGUGACAGUCAGGGUCAUAGUAGACUUGUUUUAGAAACGCAAAAGUGUUCUUCAGGUGAUACACCAAGCAAUGUAGCAAGAACAAGAGUAUACCACAGGAAAUCAAAGCUCAGAGCCAAAGAGCAGGACGACAUAUGUUUAGAAGUAAAGAGGAGUAGAUUUGAGGACCGGGGGAAGUCUUUGCUGGUCAAGAAUCAAGGGAAAAAUAAAGCAAAUGGAAAUCGUAAAAAGGUUGGUGCAGAUGAAGAUAUAUAUUAAACAGCUUGGUUUAAAAACGAAACUGUUUUGUUGUGUCGGUGAAGAAGUGAAACUCAAGCUUUUGGUGAUGUCGGCACAGUACAGAAAUGCAAAACUGAGAUGACUUUUCGAUUGUUAACGCCUCGUCAGUGCAAAUUUUGUCUUUUGUGUUGGUUAUUGCUCUAAUGAUGAAGCUUAACUGUAAUUUCCAGGUUACAACACUGAUCAGCUUUAGC